CGCCGCCCCAAUCACUACUCCCUUACUCAUUUAAAUACUCCCCCGUCCUCCAUCUCUCCCGCCACCUCUAUCUCUCUCUCUGCGUCAGUUCCUCCAGAAAUAAGAAACCAUGGCCGAUUUGAGGUCGAGAUUCUUGGACGUGUACUCUGUGUUGAAGUCUGAGAUCCUCCAUGACCCGGCGUUCGAUUUCACCGAAGAUUCUCGCCAGUGGGUCGAACGGAUGAUGGACCACAACGUACCAAGAGAAAAUGAAAAUAGUUGGAUUGGACUAUUGGCAGGAAAGCUGAACCGAGGACUGUGUGUCAUUGACAGCUACAAAUUGUUGAAAGAAGGAAAGGAACUAACUGAUGAUGAGUUUUUUCUCGCGUGUGCACUAGGAUGGUGCAUUGAAUGGCUUCAAGCAUAUUUUCGUGUUCUUGACGAUAUCACAGACAAUAUCCCAGAAGAUGCUGAGAAGCGCCGUGGUCAACCCAGUUGGUUUAAGCAACCCAAGGUCGGUAUGAUUGCUGUAAAUGAUGGCUCAAUUCUCCACAACCACAUCACAAGAAUUCUCAAAAAACAUUUUAGAGAAAAGCCUUAUUACGUGGAUCUGCUCGAUUUAUUUAAUGAGAUGGAAUUCCAGACUGCGUCAGGGAAAAUGACAGAAUUAAUUACCAGUAGUACGCUUGUAGGAGAGAAAGAUCUAUCUAGGUUGUCGACAAUGCCUCUCCACCACCUACGCAUUGUUCAGUACUACAAAACCACUUAUUAUUCACACUACCUUUCAGUUGCUUGUGCAUUGAUCUUAUCUGGAGAAAAUCAUAUUAAUGUGAAGAACAUUCUGGUCGAAAUGGGAUUUUAUUUUCAAGUACAGGGUGUGGCUGCGGAGUACGAGAAUGAGAAUUACGGAAAGCUUGUAAAAUCCAUUGAAGCUCAUCCAAGUAAAGCAGUACAAGCUGCGUUAAAAUCAUUAUUGACAAAAGGACACGAGUGACAAAUUCAUAUUUCCUUUCAGAAAUCUUGGCAUUGAUUAUAUAAUCCAAACACCCCCGGCCCCGGGGGGGCUAAUAUUCAAUACAAUACAAUACAAUACAAUAUUGGGCUACUCUAGCCUCAGUGUAUUGAUUAUUUGUGUAUUGAUUUUUUUUA